CUACCAAAAUGAGCCUUUGGCUUAUACUGCUGCUGCAGUUAGUACAGGCACCACCUCCUCAGGAGUGGGACCAGAACUUGGUCCAGCUGACUCCUGAGGCCUGGUCUACCCAAUCUAUGGGUAGACUAGAUGAGUUGCUCAGUGCGCUGACAACUGAAACAGACCCCAGUGGCUUUGAUGACCUGGGGUCUACAAAUGUUCUAGAUGACAAUGUCGUCUAUCCUGGUGGCUUCCCGAUGGAAUUAGAGGAACACCCAGGUGAGCUCCUGGAGACCUUUGAUGGGGCAGAACCAUCUGAACUUCAGCCGGAGGACAUACCUCAAAGCCCCGAGACUCUUGAGGAGGGCCAGCCUUCGUUGCUCCAAAAAGAAGGCUUAGCCCAGGUUCCACAGCCUCUCAAGGAGACUACACCUUCUCCAAUGCUGCAGGGGUCUCCAAUUCAGAUCUCUGCUGCUGAAGAAGCUGUCCGGCAGCUUGUUCAAAACAAGAUCAGUGUUCCACGUCCACCGCUGCAAUCUACUUUGCCAAGCAUCACAGGGAGGCCAGCGGAUGUGAUGCUCACAAUUACGCUACAGCCAGGUGGUGAAGUUCAAAGUACUCUGGGCCAGCUGCAGGCCCCAGUUCAGCCUGCAGGGAUCUCGCAAGGGGAAUCCCCUCCCUCAAUCCCACAAGAGGCUCCAGCUCAGACUCCAGGCCCUUCUGUAGACCAAGAGCCUUUCCCGAGUAAUCAAGAGGAGUCUGCUCAGUAUGCUGAGCCUUCAGUGGAGGUGGAACCUCUAGGCCAGCAGGUGGCCCCAAUUCCUCCUGCUCCAGGCCCAUCUGUGGGAACAGAAUCUCUUCCAGGCCACCAGGUGACCCCAGCUCAGAGUGCACGUCCUUCUGUGGAGGUCACAUCUCCUCCCACCCAGCUGGAACAGCCAACUCAGGAUGCUGAGCCUUCGUUGGAGGCAGAACCUUCUCCAGGCCAGCAGGAACAGAAAGCUGUUGAAGAGGUUGAGUCUAUAUCUUCGCCAGAAAUACCUCAGGAAGAGGAACCCUCAUCUGAGGAAAUCAGACUGUCUCCAGCCCAGCAGGAAGCUCCAGCUCCGGUGUCAGAGACCGAAGAAGUGAAAUCUCCACCCGCAGAGUCUCAUGAGGCGGCAGUUCCUCCUGAAGGUCAGUCUCCAACAUUGCCGAGUGUGUCGGUUAACCCUGUAGAGACCAUGACCGAGGCUAUAACUUCAAGCCAACAGGAAGUUGCAGCUCAGGCCUCGGGGAACACUGAGCUGGACCUGACACUCCUGAAACGAGGUGACCACUCAACAGUUUCCACAAGUAUUGAUGAGUCAGGAGAUCCUGAGGUCACCUUCACUUCACCUUCAGAGGUUGAGCCUUACCCAGCCUUACCUUCUUUAGCUGAGCCAAAGGCCAUGGAUGAGACUGCAGCUUCCCCUAAGGAGAUAGAGCCUAUCCCUACAGAAUGGGAAUCUCCAGCUGAACCCCUGGAGGCCCUUCCGAUCACCCUUCCAUCUCCACCACGGCUGAAAGUGUCCGCUCAACAUCCAGAAAUGACUGUGGGUUCCAAAACCCAACCCCAAGUAUAUUACCUGACUCCAUCUCCUACUACAGAGGGUGUCAUUUCUUCGGAGCCCCUAACCCAACCUCCAGAGCCACUUCAAGAAUCUGUAGAUGAGGAGGCAGUAGUCCCCAAACCAGCUCAGGAACAGGCUCCGUAUCUAUUACCACCCAGGGUCACCUUUCAGCCUUUGAAGCUGCAGCUGACUAUAACUCCAGGACCCAGUGUGGAGGCUGAACAUCCUACAGCCCUGAAGACCACAACAACUCUGGACUCUGAGAUUUCACAUCCAGACCAGGUCCAGACUCACCAUGCAGCCCUGCCCAAGGUCACAGUUGCACACUGGGACCUGGGAAAUACCCCAACUCCAGAACUCAAUAUAGAGGUUGACCAGGCUCCAACCACUCAGGAGACCCCUGUGCAGCUUACAGAGCCAUCUACAGAGGUGGGAGCUCAACCUCUAGUGUUGCAAGAGGUGGCCGUUCCAACGCAAGCUCCACCUCAACCUCCAGUGACACCCAGUGUCACAGAUCAGACCUUGAACCUACCACCUACACCUACCAAUGGUCCAGAACCCACUGCAGAGGCUGAGCACGAAACCGCCCUGAAAGAACCUACAGGAACGAGUCCAGAUGCAAUUCUGACUCAGCAUCUAAACCCGAGUCCUGCUGUGGAGGUCGAACAUUCUACAGCCCCGAGGAGUGCCAAAACACCACCUCCAGGUGUCCCUGAGGUGACACUUCCACAGGCAGAGCUGGUUCAGGCGCAGCAUCCAAACCUGACUGAAGUCACAGUUCAGGCGUUUGAUAUUCAGCUGGCUUUUCAAUCCAGAAUUGCGGAAGUUGAAUCAUCUCCAGCCCUGCAGAAGACCUCAGCUCAGCCUCCAGAGCCUCCAUUGGAGGUUGUAGCUCCAAUUCAGCAUAUAGUGCCAGUCAGUGUCACAGUUGAAGCUGUGAAGACAGAAAUUUUCAAAAUCCCAGAACCCACCACGUUGGCUGAACAGUCUACAGCCCUGGAGACUACAUCAGCAGCACCUCCAAGGCAUUCUGAGGUGCCACCUACAUAUACAGACCAGAGCCAGACUCAGCAAGUCACAGGCAAUCCUCUCAAUUUAUCUACAGAGGUCAAGCCUACAACUAUUUCGGUUACUCUAACUCGGCCACCAGAGCCAACUAGUGAUAUAGUAACUGUAGCAACAUCAACCCAAGUCACGGGUCAACCUUCAGAUUCCCGAGUCACGGGUCAGCCUUCAGAUUCCCGAGUCACGGGUCAGCCUUCAGAUUCCCGAGUCACGGGUCAACCUUCAGAUUCCCGAGUCACGGGUCAGCCUUCAGAUUCCCGAGUCACGGGUCAGCCUUCAGAUUCCCGAGUCACGGGUCAGCCUUCAGAUUCCCGAGUCACUGGUCUGCCUUCAGAGUUGGAGCCUAUCAAAGCUCCAGUCCCUGCUCCAGAGGUUGGCCCUUCUAAAAUCCUGAAGACUACAGCUCCACCUCCAGGGCAGUUUCCAACUUUGUAUCCUGAAGUCAAGGCUGCUGAGUAUGCUACCCAGCUAACUACUUUCAUUGAGUCAAAAGAAAGCACCCCCAACAGCAUGGACAUCUGCGAGCUCUGUACCUGCAAAAAUGGAAUGCUGUCAUGUACCAAUCUCAGCCCGUGGCAGAAGCUCCACCAAGUGCCUGUGCCAGGAUCCUUCAGUGCCCACAAUGACACCUUCACCAUCUUAAAUUUUAAAGGGAACGCUAUAGCCUCCAUAGAGAAAAAUGUAUGGAAAGCAUAUCGCUGGGCUGAGACUUUGAUUCUCAGUGGAAAUUCUUUGACUGAAUUACAUAAGGAUUCAUUUGAAGGCUUGCUAUUCCUGCAGCACUUGGACUUAUCCUGUAACAAAUUAAAAUUUAUUGAACGGAGGACGUUUGAGUCACUCCCCUUUUUGACAUCUAUAAAUCUUGGUUGCAAUUUACUCACAGAAGUGAGUUUUGGCACAUUUCAGGCAUGGCAUGGAAUGCAUUUUUUGCAUGUGAUAAAUCUUGAUCAGAAUCCAUUGACAACUGUCGAAGAUCCCUAUCUUUUUAAUUUGCCAGCAUUAAAAUAUCUAGACCUCGGAAGAACACUGGUGUCAAUCAGCACAGUUGAGAACAUUCUCAUGAAGUCUCUCGAACUGGAAAAACUGAUCUUACCGAACUCCAUGGCCUGCUGCCUCUGCCAAUUUAAAAAGGAUAUUGAGGCUGUCUGCAAGACAGUCAAGCUGCACUGUUGCAGUGAGUGUCUGACAAACACUCAAUCUUGUGUACCAGAACCAACGACGGGGAAUCCCAAAGCGGAAUUCCUGAAGAUACUGCAGGCCCGGAAGAGGAACACUAGCACGAAAUUAAUUAUUGAAACAGAGAGUUCAAAGAAACAUAAGUUUGGCAUUCUAGACUCUACAAUUAUCAGGACUCUGCAGAUGGACUGUGCGGACCCCCAGGUGCAGCUGUCCUGUGCCAAGCUCAUCUCCAGAACGGGCUUCCUCAUGAAGCUCCUCAGUGAGCAGCAGCAAGUGAAGGCCAAGGCAGAAUGGGACACAGCCCGCUGGAAAGAAGAGGACUACAUCAGCGAGAGCCCAGGAGGCCAGACUGAUGCAGGAAUGAUCGAGCCAAGUGAGCUCAAAGAAGUCCCAAGAUACAAAAUACUCAUCAUGGCAAUAUCUGUCACUGUGGCAGUGAUAAUAUUAAUAACGGGAGCCUGUCUCGUUGGGAUUUACUCUCACAGGGCAAGAGCCAACGCCGAGGAGGAGGACAUAAGAAAAGGUCUAAGGGACCUUUACAAAGAUUCCCUCAAGGGAAGACGGGAGAAGAAGCAGGUGGGCUUCUUGGUGAGGUGGCUGCGCUGGCUGAGGGGUGAGCGCAAACCCCGCCGGGCAAUGAGCCAGAAGGAACUGGCUCAAAGAUUGUAUAAUGAAACCUCUGACGAGGAAGCAAUCUUCGUGAGAGGGGCAAGCAUGAGCGAAGGCCCGGGCGAGAUGGCGGCCGCUGAGUCGACUGCCGAAGGAGAAGGCGAAGCCCCUGAGGAGGUGCUCACCGAGUAAGCCCUUUUGCUGGGGCUGCCUCCAUUUAUAAAAGCACUUCCCUUCUAA